UGUCGCCUCAGUGGUGAGAGCGGUUUCAAAAGGUAGAAAGAGAGAAACAGAGGCACAGCAGGAAAGACGCCUGUGACAGCUGAGAGAUUUUGUGAAUAUAAAGACAUGAUUGUGUAGUGUUAGAGCUUAGAUAGUUAGUUCAGACCUGUUACCUCACUGAUGAUGUAGUCAGUGAGAAGAGAAGAGAAGAGAAGAGAAGAGAAGAGAAGAGAAGAGAAGAGAAGAGAAGAGAAGAGAAGAGAAGAGAAGAGAAGAGAAGAGAAGAGAAGAGAAGAGAAGAGAAGAGAAGAGAAGAGAAGAGAAGAGAAGAGAAGAAGAAGAAGAAGAAGAAAAAGAAGAAAAAAAAAAAGAAGAAAAAGAAGAAGAAGACCUGUCAGUGCUCAGGUUCUUUUGGGUAUUUUGACUUUCUCAGAGCAGAACUGAACAGUGUUUACAUCGUCACUAUGGUGGGCCGGUGGAACCUCCUGGUUCUGGCUGUGUACCUGUCUUUCAUCGUGGUUCUGUCAAAGCCAUCCUGCCCUAAAGGAUUUUCUCUUAAGAAAAAAGUCUGUGUGGAUGAGGACGAAUGUGAUAUUGAUCCUGGUGAUAUCGGACCGUGUGGUUUAAAUGCAAACUGUCUCAACGCAUAUGGAAGUUUCUAUUGCCAGUGUAAAGCUGGUUUCACAGCAGGACAACAUACUGUCAAUUUUUCAGCUGAAUCAUCUGCAUCAUGUAGAGAUAUCAAUGAGUGUUUGGAAGGUGGACACAUCUGCGGACCUAAUGCCCAAUGCAUUAAUAGAAUUGGUGAUUACAGCUGCUCUUGUAAGAAGGGAUUUAUCUCCAGCACUGGUGUGAAAACCUUUCUCAACAAUGACAAUGACAAUGUUACAUGUACAGAUAUCAACGAAUGUGAAGCAGGAAAUGUUUGUGGUCAAAAUGCAGUUUGUACCAACACACCAGGCAGUUAUCACUGUGUCUGCAAUCCUGGUUUUGGAUUAAAAUCUGGACAGACUACGUUCUCCGGGAAUCAGGAGCAAUGUGAAGACAUAUGUAUGAUUGAUACGACAAUCUGCGGAAAUGGAACCUGCCACCGUGGAGCCAGUGGCCAUUACUGUGCAUGCCAUGCAGGCUUCACUAACUAUGGCAACAAAGCGUCACGCUGCACUGCUUUAAACUGUGAUGACUUCAAAGAUAUGAAUGAUCUGAAAGAGAAAUCUCAUAUCACACGUGAACUUAUGAUGCAGUUGAAAAGCAGCUGCGUAGAGCUUACAGAGAGUGAGAAUCCAACAGAUUUGGAUGGCGAAGACUUGCUGAAGAGACUGUUGGCUGUGAUUGAUGAAGUCUUGCUCAGCGGAUCCCUCCAUGAUAACAGGAAAGUCUCCACCUUUCUGGACACAGUGGAGAUAAUUCUGAAGCUAAUAGGACCCUUCAAUAAGCCCCCAGGAACCAAGAAAUCCUCAACUCACGGAGAUCUGGAGCUGCUGAUACAUAAGGGAUCUGUCCUACCACAAGGAGCUGUGACUUUAUCAACUAAGCAUGCCCAGCUGGAUAUUCAAUUGGAGACAGCUGCAGGAGAGCCCUCCCAUUACCCUGGCUUUGCAACAGCGUCAUUGCUGACUUAUACAAACCUCGAGGACUAUGCAAAUGGCUUCUUCAGCGGGAUGAUUAAAGAAGAGGACCAAACCUACAAAAUCAACUCUAAAAUUGUGACUGUCACUGUCAGUAACAAACACACAAGCCACCUCAGUGAGCCAGUCAAAUUAACAUUCCACCACCUGGAAGAGUCAACUGAAAAUCGCACCUGUGUAUUCUGGAAUUCAUCAGAAGCAGGAGGAACAUGGUCUGCUAACGGCUGUGAUGUGGUGUUGGAGGAGUCAAACCAUACACACACAGUGUGUUCAUGUCACCACCUCAGCAGUUUUGCUGUGCUCAUGGCCCUUUAUGAGAUAGAGGACAAGUUUGAGUUGCAGCUGAUCACUUGGGUGGGUUUGUCCCUGUCACUCAUUUGCCUGUUCAUCUGCAUCUUGACGUUCUCACUGAUCCGUUCCAUCCAGAGCCCCAGAACCACCAUUCACCUGAACCUCUGCAUCAGCCUCUUCAUUGCCAUUGUUAUAUUCCUCGCAGGCAUUUCCCGUACAGAGAAUCCGGUUGGCUGUGCAGUGGUAGCUGGGCUGCUGCAUUUCUUCUACUUGGCUGCAUUUUGUUGGAUGUGUCUGGAAGGCAUACAGCUCUUCAGGAUGGUUGUCCUAGUCUUUAACACCACCUUCAAACCCCUCUACAUGAUGGCAGGCGGCUAUGGAGUUCCAGCUGUAAUUGUCACAAUCACUGCUUUAGUUAAUGCCAAAGGAUAUGGCACCAAGAGAUAUUGCUGGCUAAGCCUGCAAUCCAUCUGGAGUUUCUUUGGUCCCGCCUGCGUCAUCAUCAUUAUUAACAUUUUCUUCUUCCUUAUCACGGUGUGGAAGUUAGCACAGAAGUUCUCAAGCUUAAACCCUGACCUGGACAAUCUGCAGAAAAUAAAGGCGUUCAUCAUUACUGCAGUCGCUCAGCUGUGUGUGCUGGGAACCAUGUGGAUCUUUGGUUGCUUCCAAUUCGAGGAGAAGACAAUAAUCAUGUCUUACCUGUUUACCAUCUUUGGCAGCCUUCAAGGGGUUAUGCUUUUCGUCAUGCAUUGUCUGUUUUCUAAACAGGUGAGGGAGGAGUAUGGAAACAUCCUGUCCAGAUUCUGUGCACCACAGAAGAAGAGAUACUCAGAGUUUGGUUACUCAAAUUCCAGCAAAGCACAUGGAUCUAAGAGCACCCAAGACACAGGCGAGUCUCAUCUCUGAAGAGCUAAAGAAUAACUGGAAGCAAAGUUGUUCCAUUUCAGCUAUAUUUUUACUAUCUUCACUUUGGUUGUCAUUGCACCUGCUUUAUUGCAAAAUGUUGUAAAUAGUAUCACCUUUAAAUUUUUUGUGUUUACCGUCAUACUGGAAAGAAAAUGUGUUUUUAAUGUAAUAUACAUGAACGAUUCCCUUAAAGAAGCAGGGAUAAUUUACAUGGUAACCCCAUUAUCUUAAAGCUGGUUAGAUGACCUAAACCUACAAUGCACUUCAAUUUUAUUUUCUGUUUAUGUAUUAAAAAUAUUAUGAUUUUGGACCAAAUACCAAAAUACUUAUUAUCACAUUUUCCACAUCCAGUAUAGCUUAUUUUGUCAUCUAGGUACUUUAUUCAAACAGUAAAAAUGACAUUAAAGAUAUUUUUAAAGAAAGCACUUUCUAGUAGUAUAACGUCCAUCAUAUUUAAAUUAAUCAAAAUAUAAAUAACAAAUGGAGGAAAAUAAUGGUCACAGAUUUAACAAGUAUUUUUGUGUAUAUAAUGUUGCUACAUAUAUGAAUAAAUGCUGGUGUAACAUAUAACAUUUAUCAUAUAUACGUAUUAAUGCAUUUAAUUUUAUGAAUGUUUAAAACUUGAACGUUGCUUUUUAUAUUAUAGUCUAUUUUAAUACUUGUACUGUUUUAAGCACUGGUUAAGCGCAAAUUUAGAUUUUCUGAUCGCUAUCAUUUGAUCAUAAUGAUUAUCCUGGUGUGUAUUUCUUAAGUACUUUUUCAAAGUGUGGAUUAUUUAUGUUCUUCUCAUGUAUUUGAGCUGUUUUAAUACUUACACCUCUCCUGGACACAGUAAAGCAAAAUAAAUAUUGUGAUAUGUGCUCUCUUAUUUCA